ACUCAGAGCUCAUCUGAACACACAUCGAGAGCUUCAGAAGAACUGAAUCUACUAACAACAGAGAAGAUCAUUCAAUAAGAGAGAAGAAUGAAGAUCAUCUGGAUUUUCACUCUACUGAUGAAUCCUGGUGUUGUGAGCUCCAGCAGUUGGACAGGAUAUUCAAGAGGUGAAGCCUCCCACUCAUGCACAUAUGAUGGAUAUGCAGCAAAUGAAAAGUAUUUUUGUAGAGGACAAUGGUCAGAGUGCACAGAUCAAAUCAGGACAAAUAUUAAAAACGUAUGGGUUCAUUCUGGAAGAUUCUCUCUGCUUGACGACACAAGAGCAGCACGUUUCACUGUGACCAUCAGAGAUCUGAGUGAAAAGGAUUCUGGCAUCUACUACCUUGGAAUUGAUAUGUAUGGAAUGGAUUCCUACUGUGAAGUGAAUCUGAAGGUUAUAACAGAUUUUUCUAGCAUCUCACUGACCUCGUCUCCUGCACAGAUUAAAGCUCCUGGUCAGUCGGUGAGGUUGUCCUGUCAGAUCUCUGGAUAUGCCCUCACAGAUUAUGGCACAUCUUGGUUUAGGCAGCCUCCUGGAAAAGCCAUGGAGUGGAUCGGGAUCAUAUGGGGCAGUGGAUCAAUAGACUAUGAGAAUUCCUUCAGGAGUUGCUUCACUAUUUGGAGAGACACAAGCCGAAAUGAGCUGUACUUAGACAUUAGCAGCCUGCAGACUGAAGACACAGCUGUUUAUUACUGUGCAACUGGAUACACAGUGGCUCAGUUCAGUGUGAGAAACUGACAAAAACAGACCUGCAAGUCAUCAACACAGUUAGAAACACACAAUACAUGACCUGCUUCAUGUUCAGGAUCAUAUUCAGACACAUUACCAAUUACUAAGUGAAGUAGGCGAAUUAUGAUAUUUUACAUGAUUAUUUCCUAAAAAGAAGUGCACUGUGUACAGUUAAAUUGA